AUGAAAGUAGUGAAUCGUGAGAGGGAGGGCAAGCAGGGUGAGAGCGGCCGUGAGGGCACGCUGCACGAUGAAAGUAGUGAUGGUGAGAGGGAGGGCAAGCAGGGCAUGGAGGAGGAGGUGGCAGUGACCCAAGGCGCCCAUGGGAGCAAGGAUAGUCAAACUGAGGGCAUGGAGGAGGAGGUGGCAGUGAGGCUGCUCCGUUUCGCCGACAAGCAGGAGGCCAAAGAGGCGAUGCAGGCGUUCGCAAGAGAGGUGGAUGUUCUCCUGCGCGUGCAAGAUGUGCAGCACCACCCGCACAUUAUCCGCCUGGUGGGCCGCUACAAGGACCCCCUCUCGGCUUCCCUUGCGCUCGCAUACGAGUUCAUGCCGGGGGGCAGCCUGCAGGAGCAGCUGCUGAUGGCCAAGCUCUGGGAGACCAAGCAGCAGCAGGAACACUUUCGUUACCCCUGCCUCCUUCUCCCGCGCGCUCUUUCCCUCUGCCGCUCCCCCUCCACCUCUCCUGGCGGGACCGGAAUGUGCAUCGCAGCCGAAAUCGGCUCGGCCUUGCUCUGCCUGCACCAGUCCCACCCGCCCAUCCUCCACCGCGACCUCAAACCCGACAACAUUCUCCUCGACCAAUCACGCACCAGCAAACUCGCUGGCAUGGGGCUGUCCUGCGUUGUCCCGUCCUCCUCCUCCUCCUCCUCCUCCUCCUCCUCCUCCUCCUCCUCCUCCUCCUCCUCCUCCUCCUCACAUCCCGUGGUCACGGGGGACGUGCGUGGGACGCCAGGGUUUGUCGACACCGAGACGAUUCUUUUAAAGAACACGACAGUGAAAACAGACGUGUAUGCGUACGGGAUGGUUCUCAUGCUCCUGCUCACCCGCUUUCUGGAGGUCGAGGAUGUGAUUGGGUACCUUCACUUCAUGCCCUCGGAAAUCCGAUGGAACCCUGCGUGUGCUGCUGCUCUUAUUGCGGGGUUGGAGGGCAGAGGUACUGGCAGUGGCAGUGAGAUUGACGACCACAUGGGUGGCGUCAGCAGCGGAGGUGUGGGGCAGUUGGAUCCGUCAGCAGGGGAGUGGGAUGUGGGGUUGGCACACCGGCUGGUGGUGGUGGCGAUGAGGUGCCUGGAAAGGACGUCAGAGCGAUGGCCGUACAUGGAAGAGGUGAUGCACGCUGUGGGCGCAGUGGCUAGGGAUGCUGCAGCCUUGGGGGCAAAAGGAGUGGAGUGA